AUGUAUGUCAAAUACAAUGUUGAAGGUUGUCCAUGGAGGAUCAGUGCGAGAACAGCUGGAAAGAGUACUCCAGCAUUUUUACGUGUAACGAUAUUAAAAAAUGAGCAUGUUCAUAAUGCCCAAGAUAAUCUUCACGUGACACAUGGUGGAUCAGCUAGCUUGACAUCAUCAAUUAUAAUUGAAGAGGUUAGGGAUCACAUAGACAUGCAUCCAAAUGAUAUAAAAAAGAGGUUGGAAAGAGAUUAUGGUGUGAAGUUGACAUACAAGCAAGCAUACAGGGCCAAGGAAAAAGCAUUGGAGGACAUACAUGGCAGACCUGAUCAAACUUACAUGCUUAUUCCAUGGAUAUGUGACCGGUUGAAGGAAACCGAUGACAAAACAGUGGCAAAAUGGGUGGCUGCAAGGAACAACAGAUUUGAGCGUGUAUUCAUAGCCUAUGGGUGUUGUAUAGAGGGUUUUAUUGCUGGUGCUAGACAUGUACUGUAUAUUGAUGGAAGUCAUUUAAGUGGACCGUAUAAGGGGACACUACUUUCAGCGUCAGCUUAUGAUGCAGACAAUGAAUUAUUACCUUUUACCAUUGCGAUUGUGAAGGGAAAGACAUUUGAGGAUUGGACAUGGUUCUUACAUAUGAUUAAGGAGAUAGUUGGGUCAAUGCAAUUAACAAUUAUUUCAGACCGACACAAUGCAAUUAUAGGCACUGUGCAAGCAAUAUUCAGAGGUGAGCGAUAUGCAUACUGUUACAUACAUGUUAAGGAGAAUUUCAGUACACAAAUGAUCAAGUUAAAUAGAGGAUAA